AUGACCAGCACAGAAGCCUACACUCCCACCAAGGAGGACCUGCACAAUAUCAUCUUACUCCUACACAAUAAUGGCGUAGAGGUGAGGAACCCAAAGGAUGCCUAUGAGCAGCUUAAAUCUUAUGAAGGAAACCCGUUCUUCUGUAUUCUCCUGGCCACAAUUUUCGAGGCGGAUACAUGCCCGCUUCCAGAUCUACAACUACCAGUCCCGUGGACCUUCUAUCGGCAAAUAGCCGGUAUUACACUGAAGAACAACUUAUCUGUAGCACAGCAUACCUUAGGCGAGGGUACCAUCAAAGCGGCUGGGCGUUGCGCUCUUCACACGUUAUGCCACUCGCCAGAUUCUAACACCGCGCGCGCCGCCGCGCAAAUUGUGGUCAAGGUUACAGUGCUUUGUUCCAUAGACUGGUGGAGCACAAGUGGGUUUGGCGACCUAGCAAAUAUCUUACUGAGAAAUCUGCUUCCAGCUGGUGGGAUCAAAACGUUGUCGGGGUUGUACGCCUUGCAGUACUUGAUGGAGGAUUUGCCUAAACAGAUUGGUGAGUCGAGCAAAAUGAUCGUGGAGUCCGUAUCGCAGCUAGCGGCAACGCCGACGGUGCCGCUUGAGUUGCGCAAAGCAGCGUUCCGUAUGUGUUUCAAUAUUUAUGAGCAGUCGUCCUCCUUAGAAUGGGAUGUGGAUACCCUAUCACCACUGCAAAGGGGUCUGGUACUAGGGAGCUGGGAAUUUACUAACACAUGUACAUUUUUACUAGAACAAAACGCUUAUGGCGACGACGCGUUGUCUAUCACCGUGUUUCGCUCCUGUGCCCUUUUGUUAGAUUACUUUAGCUACCUACCCCAACGUUCACCAGAGGAUAAGGCGCGGAUGGUGGAGUCCUGGGUGAUCCGCACUCUCCAUGUCAUCUCAAGCGAGUUUGACAAUCACGACUAUGAUGAACGUCGUUCAGCUGCGAUUGACCUUAUAACGGGUUUCUUAGAAAUGUACAAUGCGGCUGCCCGUGAGUGGGAAGGGGCCUUUUUGGCUACUCCCUUUCUGACAGCCAACAACCUCCGGUCGCUGGUACAGUCACUGGUGCACUUUUCUCGCAUGUCUGAGGAUGAGGUCGCGACUAUCAUGGAGUCGGACGAUUAUCGUGCACCGGAUAUGGCAGCAAAAGCCUUAAGUUCAAGCAUGAGUAACAAUAUGGACGGUCACAAAGACCUCAUCCAGGACAACUUGCUGGACGAGGGUGAGGCAGCUAUGAGCUUGCGCCGCUCGGCCCUCCGUUGCAUUAACGCUCUCUGCUCCUUUUCGAGCACGGACACUUUUACUGUUAUGAUAGAGCAUAUUAAAGAGCUCUGGGGAAGGUCUGCGUGGCAGGAAAGGGAAGCUGGCAUUGUGCUGCUUGGGACCAUUGCCUCGGGCUGCGCCGUGCAGUUGAGCGACGGUCUGGACGCCAUCAUUGAUCAGCUUGCUCACUUCAUUAGGAAUGUCAACGAGCAUGUCUGCGUUUCGAGUAUUGCCGUCUGGACCUUUUCUCGGCUGAUUGAAGCGAUUGUGACGGGCGCCCCUUAUCUCCUUGACCUUGGCAUCGCCGCCAUCAUCAGCCGUUUGCAAAGCACCAGCAGGAGGGUCCAGUUCUCUAGCGUCUCCGCUGUUAAAAACAUAUACAUAGAGCUCCAAAACUUUGGUAUAAGUGACAAGAUGUAUGCACACAUGGGGGAGCUAGUGCUGGCACUGCAUGCCUGUCUUACAGUAUAUACUUCGACAAAUUUAACGGUACUAAUAGACAUCUGCAUUUUAGUUAUGCAAGACCUCAGCGAUGCGGCUGAUUUUUCGCAGUUAGAUCAGAUUGGCUCUGCUUUUAAGCAUGAAUCUGGCGUACGAGGUGUACUUUUUCAGGAAACGUAUACUAGCUACUACAUCAAUUCAGUCCCGAACGUGCUCGUAAACAAGGACGUCUUCUCCUUGCAUCGAGGCAUUAUCCAUUUUCUAUCACUUCGUCCAGAUCCCAUUCUCGCGCUUGACAACCUAAAGCUAUGGUGCAACCUGCUCAGCGAUAUUGUGGCGCGGAACAUCAAUGACGACGCAGACAUCGUCUACGGCACUAUCAGCCUAUGUUGCGGGUACUUGAGUCUAGUUCCAACAUCUCUUCUGCAGCAGUGGGCUGCCGCCAACUCAAACGUACUGACCAUGCCUGUCCUGAAUUUGCUGCACCAAAAGACGAGUUGGCUAGUUCAGGCGGCGGCGGCAUCCCUUCUGGAGUUGUUGGUCCGAGUUCUAGGGAGGCUCGCGAUACCGGUGGAAACUGUGGAGCCUCUUCUCACGUUUAUCACCAAACUCGCUGUCGACGAGGAGAGUACACCGCUCCGGGUGCAAUUCCUGAAGCUGGCCGCUCAACUCCUGACAUCUUUCAAGGAGUCACUAGAUACUCGCUUUAUUACCUCCGUCCUAUACUCGUUCAAUCAUCAAGUCUUACGUAGCGACGCCUUUGGAGAUACGCAGUAUCUCUACGUUCAAAUGGCCUACGUCAUUUGCAAGUUAUUCGAUUCCUUUUCAUCCCUUGCUGAGAGUUUCAGUGUUGACACACUCUGUGCGCUGAUGGCACAGGCUCCUCACACCCUCGAGAAGUCUGAGGCGACUGUUCACCUCUGCAAGGCUGUGAGGGCAACCCCUCCUGCUGUGGCGGUGGGCUACGUUCGGGGGAUGCUGGACUUCCUCUUUUGUUAUCAAGAGUUCCUUUCAGAGUAUCAGGAUGCGGAAGCUGAAGCGGCAGCGCUGCUCGUUUAUUUCGAAAGCAGUUGCAGGGAGGAGCUGAGGAGGUGCAUGGCUCUUUAUCCAAGGGGACAUUGUCCUCCACUUUUUGCCGCUUAUGCGUGA